CCGGUAAGUUCCCAGUUGCUGUAGCAGCAUUUGAGGAAGUUCUUCAGCAAGCAGCAAGCCCAUAGCUCGCAGUGACAGGGGAGGAAGCUAGACAAGGGGGAAUGGAGUGCCGGGCUUCAGACUCCAGACCUCGCAGCUAAACGGAGGCGUGGACGCCGCUUUGAACCACGUUGCGUGGCGGAGAAAUGAACUGAGGUGGAGUAAGACCCGUCUCCUCGGCAGGGCUCCCCCAUCCCACGAUGGAGGACGGGGCGUCCCUGUCUAUGGCGGAAUGGCUCAGAGCCCUUCACCUGGACCAGUACCUGGAGAGCUUUGAGAAGAACGAGCUCUGGAAGGUGUCAGACUGCAGGAACCUGACGGACGAGGUGCUGACCCGGAUCGGGAUCUUGCUGCCAGGCCAUCGCAAGCGCAUCCUCUUUGGCCUCCAGAAGGCUUUUGUGGAGGCUCCACCAGUCACGGAGAGGCCCGAGCCGGCAAUGAGGAGGCCAGUGCCCAUGAAACGCAACAUUUUCCGGGUCAGCACGGAUGCUGCGGCCACCCAGGCAGAACCGGAGCCCACAGGUCACUUGGCCACGCCGGCCAGCAGGAAGCCUCCUCUUCACACAGAGCCCGAGAAACCUGCCGGCCUCAGCCACGUGCCCCCUCCCAUCCCCCCGCGGCUGGGGUGUCGCCCUCCUGUCAAGUUCUCUUCAGCGCCACGGUCUGUCUCUGUUGAAUUGCCCCCCGCUGUCCCCUGUCCCGCCGGACCCCCCUCCUCCGCUGACUUUGCCCCUGAGCUGCCUGCUCCUCCACCAGCCAGAGACAAGCUGGCUCUAGGGCCAGAGUUCCCUGAAGGGAAGGAGAAACCGCUGCUGCCCCCUUUGCCGAUGAAACGCCACCAGCUGGAGACCAAGCCCCUCUCCCUAAAGGUGCCUGCCUUGCCAAGCCGGCCGCCCUUGCUGCCCCCCAGGGCUGUGUCCCAGAGGACCACCAGCAGCUUUCCUACUAGGGAAGAAUCCCGAUCUCCUGAGCCCGUGUCUAUCGUCCCACUCCCUCCACCUGCUGUCCUCCCCCAUGUGAACCCAGAGCCACAGCAGAGCCCCCCUGAACUGCCUUUCAGACCCGUCGAUCUGUUCCAGCCGGAGUUUGACAAUUCUGACUAUGAGGAACCCCUGUGGGAGGAAGAACUGGAAGCUCCAGUAGGAGAAAUGAAUGAUAAGGACAAUGCCGGGAGCCGGAGGGGGCGCUCGCGCUCCGAGCGAGUCAACAGCCUGUUCAGCGAGGACGAGCUGAUUGAAGACUAUUACGACCAGCCCUCGGCCAACGACAGCAGCAGCUGGAACGACUAUGGCUUGAGCACCUUGCAGUCCAGCCACAUGGCGUCCCUCGGCAGCUUCAGCAUGCACAGCGGCAGCAGGGAGGGGUUGGAUGCCCCCGCCCAGCUCUCCCCCAUCAUCAAAGCCGGGUGGCUGGACAAGAACCCUCCCCAAGGUUCCUACAUCUACCAGAAGCGCUGGGUGAAGCUUGACGCUGACUACCUCCGAUACUUUGACAGUGAAAAGGACACUUACUCCAAGCGCUUCAUUCCGGUGUCCUCAAUCUCCCGCGUGGCCAGCAUUGGGGACCAGAAAUUCGAGGUGAUCACCAACCACAGGACCUUCGCCUUCCGGGCUGAGAGCGAUGCGGACCGUAACGAGUGGAUGAGGACCUUCCAGCAGAUGGUGGAUGAGCAGAAGUUCAGGGGCUUGAACCGGAUAUCCCUCUUCCAGCCGGCCAAUGGCAUCCUGGACAUGGUGGACAAGUGCGGCCUCCUGGAGCUGCGGGGCUUUAAGAACAAGCUGUACGUGGUGGUGUCUGGAGACAAGGUUUUCCUGUACAAGAACGCCGAGGAUUUCCGGCAGGGGAUCGGCAUCACUUACAUCGAGAUGAACGUGGGGAACGUGAAGGACGUGGACAGGAGGGGGUUCGAUCUGACGACGCCUUACAAGAUUUUCAGCUUCUGGGCGGACUCGGACCAGGAGAAGGACGAGUGGGUGGAGGCCAUGCAGCAAUCCAUCGCCGAGGCCCUCUCCAACUCGGAGGUGGCGGAGAAGAUCUGGUCGGUGGAGGCAAACCGGUUCUGCGCCGACUGUGGGUCGCCCAACCCCGACUGGGCCUCCGUCAACCUUUGUGUCGUCAUUUGCAAGAGAUGCGCAGGGGAACAUCGGGGGCUGGGGCCGAGCAUCACCAAAGUGCGGAGCCUAAAGAUGGACAGGAAGGUGUGGACGGAGGAGCUGAUUGAGCUCUUCUGCCAGGUUGGCAACGGGGUGGCCAAACAGUUCUGGGCAGCCAACGUGCCCCCCAGCGAGGCCAUCCACCCGGCGAGCGGGAGCCAGGAACGGCGGCGCUUCCUCGUUGCCAAGUACAAGGAGGGCAAGUAUCGGCGCUACCACCCACUCUUCGGGAACCAGGAAGAGCUCAACAAGGCCCUGUGCGCUACCGUGACGACCAGCGACGUGGCGGAAACUCAGUCCCUGGUGUUCUGUGGAGCGGAGGUGAGCUGCAACUCUGGGGACCCCGACUUCCCGACCCCCACGGCCAUAGCAGAGCAGGCUGGACAGAGGCUGCAGAUGGAAUUCCUGCUUCAGAACAAAAACUCAGAGAUCCCACGGGUGGAGACGGGGAGCAGCGCGGAGAAGCACUACUCGGUGGUCCUGCCGUCCGUCACUCACAAUGGCUUCCUGUACAAGACCGUGAGCCUCGGUAAAGGCCACACCCCCUUUCACGCCUCUCCCCCCAUAGAAUUCAGCCGCCGCUGGUGCACCCUCAACGACAGCAUCUUCAGUUACUACGAGAACGACCGCAGCCCCGCGCCGAACGGCGAACUCAAGAUGGAGGAGAUCGUGUGCCUGGUGAACAACCCCCCUGACACCCAUGGCUUUGAGAGCACGUUCGAGGUCUGCAUCGAAUCGGAGAGACUCUACCUCUUCGGGCUGGAUAACCCGGAGGCCGUUCGGAAGUGGGUCAAGUCCAUAGCCAAGUCCUUCAUCCCUCCGCACGUGGAGGAGCUGCUGAGCCAUGACUUCGAGCGCAUCGGGCGGCUGCAGUACAAGGGCGGCCUGAACCUGGAGCGGGCCAAGGAAGGCUGGUUCGCCCUCGCCCAGGGCACCCUCUACGCCUUCUUCGAGGACAGUGACCAAGAGGAGGCGCUGCACCUGAAGAAGCUGCAGGAGCUCUCCAUCCAAGGAGACAGCCUGGUCCUGGUGGAGAGAAGAAGGACGCUCUACAUCCAAGGGGAGAGGAAGCUGGAUUUCUCGGGCUGGGUGGCUGCCAUCCAGAAGGCCGCGGGGAGCUCCGGCGACACGUUGUCCGAGCAGCAGCUCACGGAGUCGGACAUCCCCGUCAUCGUAGACAGAUGCAUCGAUUACAUCACACAGUGCGGGCUGACCUCGGAGGGGAUCUACAGGGAGAGAGGCCAGAAACUCAAGACCACCGCGCGCAGGGUGCGGCUUAAAGAAGGGGAGCACCAGGUGGAUGACGUCUCCAACACGCUGAAGAGGUUCUUCCGAGACCUCGGGGACGGGCUCUUCACCAAGGACCACUGCCAGGACUGGCUGAAGGCAGCAGCGAUCGAAGAUGAGGAGGAGAAGAUCGGCCAGUACCGCCAGCUGCUGGGCAGCCUCCCCAUGGUGAACAGAGCCACGCUCAAAGCGCUGAUCAACCACCUGUACCGGGUCCAGUACUUCUCCAACAUGAACCAGAUGAACACGCACAACCUGGCCAUCGUCUUCGGGCCGACGCUCUGCGUGGUGGAGGAUCUCAUUAGCCACUACGUGGUGAUAUUUAAUGUGGACGAACAAGAGAUGAGGAAGCAGCAGGACGAGAUCACGGCCAUCAUCAAGAUGCGGAUCGCCGGCUCGUCCAGCGGUACCCAGCAAGCCGGGGACUUCAUCUGCACAGUGUACCUGGAGGAGAAGAGGACGGAAGCGGAGCAGCAUGUCAAGAUCCCAGCCACCAUGACUGCAGAAGAGCUGACCUUCGAGAUCUUGGACCGGCGGAAAAUGGUUAUGCGGGAGAAGGAGUACUGGAGCUGCUUUGAAGUGAACGAGCGGGAGGAGGCAGAGCGGCCCUUGCACUACUCUGAAAAAGUCCUGCCCAUCGUGCACUGCCUGGGGACGGACAGCUACCUGGUGGUGAAGAAGCAGCUGUCCAUGGAGAACAUGCUCAUCUAUCUCGCCAGCAGAGUGGGCGACAGCAAGCACGGCAUGAUGAAGUUCCGGGAGGAGAGGAACCUGCUGGGGCUUGGGCUGAGCACGGGCUUCCACGAUCGAUACUUCAUCCUGAACCAGAGCUGCCUGCGGCUCUACAAGGAAGUGCGGAGCCACAGGCCGGAGAAAGAGUGGCCAGUCAAGAAUCUGAAAGUCUUCCUGGGAGUUAAGAAGAAACUCCGCCCUCCGUCCUGCUGGGGCUUCACCGUGUUCUAUGAAAACGAGAAGCAUGAAAAGCAGCAGUGGUACCUGUGCUGCGACACCCAGAUGGAGAUGCGGGAGUGGUUUGCGACCUUCCUCUAUGUACAGAACGGUGGGAACAUCUGGCCCUCCGAAUCCUCCAAGGUGCGGGCAUCGCGGACGCAGCAGGACUCCAGGUUGGGUAACAUCUCGCUCAUCCCUCUGCGGGGCAAUGAGAAUGAGAUGAGGAACAGUGUGGCUGCUUUUGCUGCUGAUCCGCUAACUGUGAGUGACAACCAAUCGGGGCCGGGUUUCACGGUGCAGGGGAGCCGCAUCCCACGGGCUCGGUGCAUCACGCCUGCCGGGCACGCAGCCCGGAGCAGGAGGGACGAGAGCAGGGCGGAGGCGCUGCACGCCCCGGCCGUUUCCCUGAGAGCGAGAACAGCUCCUUCCGCUCUGUGGCUGCGGAUUCUAGUCGUCGUUUCAGAUCGCACAGAGCCGGGGGACAAGGGUCCUUCCUGGCUCGUGCUGGUUAACCCGCCCCAGCAGAUGCAGGGAGGGGACCGGCAGGCGUGAUGCAGCAACAGGGGAUGCAGUUCAGCUGAUGAUUUCUCCUGUUAAUUGGGGUCGCUGCUUUGAAAUGCCUUCUCCUUUACAGCUCUGCUCUCCGUCCCUUUCCUUUCCCUCGGCCUCGCUCUGGACUCUGUCCACGCACAGUGACAGCGCACGGAGCUGCCAGACAGGCUGGGAUUUGCCAAACGGGUCUUCUACCCACGUGGAAACCUCGCUGGGCCGCUUGAGCAACAAGGCCCGAACCACCCGUCGGAGGCUCAGAUGAGGACCAGCUGGUUAGCAAAGAGCUGGUCGUUAUCGGAUCCGGACUGGGGCUUGGGCCUUAUUGCUGUUAUAAACCUGACCAGAAGCUUUUCUCCUGACCCCUGAGAGCAGCGCAGCAGGGUCUGAGGAAGGCUGCUGGCGGGAAGAGUUCAUCCUG